CUUCAUCUUAGCGAGCUGUUAAAUUUGCAGCAGAAAGGCCUUCUCUCUUCUCCACUCGAACUCCACUGGCUUUCUCUCUCAAUCAUCUCUCGAUUUAGGCUUCUCUUCUUAUCUUCGUUUAGAAUGACUUUGAUUUGCUGAAUUCGCUUUCGAACUGGACUCGGGAGGUGCAGUUUCAGGGGAUUCGAUCAGAAUUUCGACUCGCUCUAAUUUCUGAAGUUUCUUUUUCUGCAUCUAAGGUGAUCAAAGGCUUCGAAAAAACUUUUCUGCCAUAUUUUGUUAGUUUGAUCCCUUUCGGUUCAAUGACGGUGGAAAUGGGCGAGCGUACUGGAGAUUCUCAGGUUUCUAAGAUUGAAAUCGAGGAAAAGGUCUCUUCGAAUUUGAGUUAUUGUGAAGAUCUGGGGAAAGUCGAUGCCGAGGGCAAUGGCAUUGUGCAUGACUGCGUAGAGGCGAGUGGUGGUUAUGUGAAGGACGACGGUGAUGGUUCUUUUGUUUUUGUCGGUGGGCCAGAUGCGGUCUCUGACGAUCAUGCAGAAAAGGAUCUCGAUGCAGAGUGUGUGGCAGAUCCUGCUGAUACUCUCGAGACAAUGCCCGCCGUUGAGGGAGAAACCGUCUCCGAACCCAUUGUUGAUUCUCAAAGUGGGGAGAAACAGGUUGUAGUCGGGGAAUUGAGUAUUGGGAAGGUAGGCAACGAUCAAUUUCCCGUAGAGAACGGUUGCAGUAUUGACGAAAGUGUAGUUUCUUAUUCAAGCAAUGGUGCCGCUGUAGAGAGUUCGCAUUCCCAACUGAAAGGAAACGAAGUGGAAAAGACUGAUCCAGCCGAUGAACAGAGCAAUACAGCUCUAGCUCCGGAGGUAGUACGUAAUGAGGAAAAUAUGAUCACGACCGCUGAGGCUGCUGAAUUGGAAGUGCCUCUGCUUGAUCGUGAUGAGGAGAAGGAAAAUGUUCCAGUUCCUUUCGCAGAGGUAGAAGCCGAUGAGGUGGAAGAGAGUCGGGAAUCAAUUACAGUGAAGGAGGCUGUUGAAUGUGAAUUACAACAGCUUGAUACUGAAGAGAAGGUCGAAGAGUUUGACAGUGUGAAGGAGACUGAGGAGCAAAGUAAAUUAAAUUCAGAAACAGAGGUAAAAGAAAACCCGGAAACUGAAAAUAUGGUUAAGGGCUCUGCUGAAUCUAAGAGCCAUCAGCUCCAUAAUGGUGAGAAGGACGGAGGGGAGCCAAGGAUAUUAGACUUGGCUAUAAAAGAAGAAAAUCAGGAAUCUCAAGUCACAGAUAUGAAGGAUGUGGAGUUAGAGUUUGGUCAGCUUGACAAUAGAGAGGAGGAUCUAGGAGACAAUCCUUCAGGGGGCAUCAGGUUGGAAGAUGCAACUGGUCCUGCAAUUACACAAUUAGAAGCAGAAUCUCUUAAUGGCGCCAUUGAAUGUGGAACGAGCUUGCCCAGUGACCCAGUUGAUUCAGAUACUGAGGUUAUUAAUGAUUUGGCUGUAGGUAAUGGAAACAUGAUGUAUACUGUGGAUAUUAAACAGGAAUCCGAGAAUGUAGAUGGUUCUGCGGAAAAUUCUGCAAGCUUGCCUCAUUUGGUUGAUGAAGUGGUACAAGAAACUGGAGUUGGAAACAUAUCUGUUGAAGAUGGUGAAAGCUACCCUACAGAAACGGUAGAUAAUAUGAUAUCCGAAGCUGAAGUUAGAAAUCCUUGUGUUAAAAUCAGUGAGAGCUUGCCUCUUGAGGGUACCAUGUUGGAAACUGUAGUUGCAAAUGGUUCCACUGAUGGAGUUAAAAGCAGACAUACUUGCAUAGCUGGUAAUGGGAAUUCGGAAAAUGAGAUCUGCAAUGGUUCAGUUGAAGGUGAUGUUGCUAUACCUACCUGUCCUGCUGGGAAUUUGGAGAUAGAAUCUGAAGCUAUUAAUGGUUUUGUUGCAAGUGCCAGAAGCCUGCCUAGUUUCUCUGUCGAUGAUGUUGAGGUAGAAUCUGAAGGUUUGAAUUGUUCUGUCAAGAAUGGGAGUAGCUUGCCUACUUCUCAUGUUGCUGAUGUGGUACAAGAAACUGAAGUUGGAAACAUAUCUGUUGAAGAUGGUGAAAGCUUUUCUACAGAGACGGCAGAUAAUAUGAUAUCAGAAGCUGAAGUUAAAAAUCCUUGUGUUAAAAUCAGUGAAAGCUUACCUCUUGAGGGUACCAUGUUGGAAACUGUAGUUGCAAAUGGCUCCACUGAUGGAGUUGAAAUCAGACAUGCUUGCAUAGCUAGUAAUGGGAAAUCAGAAAAUGGGAUCUGCAAUGGUUCAGUUGAAGGUGAUGUUGCUAUACCUACCUGUCCUGCUGGGAAUGUGGAGAUAGAAUCUGAAGAUAUUAGUGGUUCUGCUGCAAGUGCCAGAAGCCUGCCUAGUUUCUCUGUUGAUGAUGUUGAGGUAGAAUCUGACGGUUUGAAUUGUUCUGUCAAGAAUGGGAGUAGCUUGCCUACUUGUCGUGUUGCUGAUGUUGUACAAGAAACUGAAGUUGGAAACAUAUCUCUUGAAGAUGGUGAAAGCUUUCCUACAGAAACGGUAGAUAAUAUGAUAUCAGAAGCUGAAGUUAAAAAUCCUUGUGUUAAAAUCAGUGAAAGCUUACCUCUUGAGGGUACCAUGUUGGAAACUGUAGUUGCAAAUGGCUCCACUGAUGGAGUUGAAAGCAGACAUACUUGCAUAGCUGGUAAUGGGAAAUCAGAAAAUGAGAUCUGCAAUGGUUCAGUUGAAGAUGAUGUUGCUAUACCUACCUGUCCUGCUGAGAAUUUGGAGAUAGAAUCUGAAGCUAUUAAUGGUUCUGCUGCAAGAGCCAGAAGCCUGCCUGGUUUCUCUGUUGAUGAUGUUGAGGUAGAAUCUGAUGGUUUGAAUUGUUCUGUCAAGAAUGGGAGUAGCUUGCCUACUUGUCAUGUUGCUGAUGUGGAACAAGAACCUGAAGCCAGAAAUGGAUCUGGUGGAAGUGACAAUUGUCCUUCUGGCAAUGCUGUGAAUUUAGGAGCCAUUGUUCAAGAUGGCUCAGUUGAAAAUGGUGGCACAGAAGCUCAUAGCGUCAAUGACGUCAUAGAUGAAAAAGAAGGAAUGCAGUCCACUAUUGGAGAGAAUGAUGGUAAACUAAUCUGUCAGGAAGUAGACACUGAAGGGAUUCAAGGUGAUAAGGUCCUACAAUCUUCACCUGAGGCUGAGGGUUCCACUGCUAAUGCUGUGAAUGAACAGAAGGUGGAUACAGAGGUGGUGAAAAAAGCAUUCCAUUUCUUGAUAAGAAUUCCAAGAUAUAUUGAUGAUAAACUUAAAGAACAGAUUAGACUUGCUCAGAUACAGGUCGAGGAGAGGACUCAGAGCAGGGAUGCUAUAAGAGCUACAAUUCAAAUGAAAAGGGCAAUUUGUAACGAAUAUCGAGAUAAAUUUGAAGCUGCCAAAUUAGAAGAAAGAAUUGCUCGUGAUGCAUUCAGCGCCAAACGUCAGGAAAUAGAUUCUGUUCAAUCAGCAAUUUCUAUCGAUGAUAUUGAUGACAGGAUACAUAAUAUGGAACAUAUGAUACAACAUGAAACUAUGCCUUUGAAAGAAGAAAAACAACUCAUACGUGAAAUCAAGCAAUUGAAGCUUCUUCGUGAGCAACUGUCUUCUCAUAUGGGUAGACAGGAUGAACAUCAGCAGGCAUCAGACCAAAGAGACAGUCACGAAGAGCGUUUUAAGCUUCUUAAGCAGGAGUUAGAUUCCCUUAGAAAAAAGGUUUCUCAAACUGAAGGGAUAACAAAGGUUGCAAAGGAAAAAUAUUUUGAGGAAAAUGAAAAGCUAAGAAAAUUGCAAUCUCAGUUUAAAGAUGCUGAUGUUCUUCGUCAAGAAGCGUAUGCAAAUUUACAGAAUCUUAGGAAAGAAUUGUAUGAGAAGAAUAAUUAUUUUCGAAUGUACAAGGAUGAACUGAGGGUUGCCAAUGAUUAUGCAUCUACCGGUGAUAGGGAAGCUCUGCAACGUCUAUGUGUUAACCAGGUGGAGACACUAAUGGAACUAUGGAACAAGAAUGAUGAGUUCCGAAAAGAAUACAUCAGAUGCAACACAAUGAGUAUUUUAAGGAGGUUGACAACAUUGGAUGGCCGAUCUCUUGGCCCUGGCGAGGAGCCUCCUGUCAUACACCUUGUAGACGAAAGAGUUGAUAAUGUUCUUGUGGCCUCAUCCCAGAUAGAUUCUGCAUUAGUCGUUUCACCUUCAGAAUCAGAAAAAGCAUUUGUACUUGGAGAAGCUGAAAAGGGAAACGUCAAGUCUGUGGUGAGGGUGCAACAGGAGAAUGAAACUGCUAGGUCAAAGAAGGCCUCUAAACCAACUGCUUUGGAAAACGGCUCAGCAACUUUUUCUGGCAGGGAGGAGAAAGAUGAAGUGGAAGAAGAGAAUAAGAAAUCAAAAGAGGAAGAGGAGUUGGCGAGGAAAGCAGAGGAGUUGAGAAAGGAAGAAGCUACAGCCAGACUGAAAGAACAGCGUCGUCUGGAGGAGAAGGUCAAAGCCAAAGAGGCAGAGGAGAGGAAGAGACGCAAUGCAGAGAAGGCCCAAGCAAGGGCGGAAUUGAGAGCGCAGAGAGAAGCUGAGCUCAAAGAGAAGGAAAGAGAGAAAAGAGCAAAGAAGAAGGAAAGGAAGAAGGCAGCUACAGUUGAGGGAGCUAAUGUUGGCACUGAAGGAGAAUCUGCUCCAUGCAGUGAAAACACUCCAUCUGAAACUACAAUCCAUGAAUCUGAAAUCAAGGAGAGGACUACAGCAGGGGUGAAUAGGCCUAAAAAAUCGUUACCACUAGCAAAGCAGAGUAAGACAAAGCCUCUCCCUCCACCUCUUCGCAACAGGGGUAAAAGAAGAAUGCAAACAUGGAUGUGGUUUCUUAUGGUAACCCUGCUUGUUCUUGCCUUGUUCUUCUUGGGAAGUGUUGGCAUUUCUUUUAAAUUUGGCCUGCCAAGCUUUGGCUUCUAAAAACAUAUCAGCCUAUAAAAUAGCACUAGAUUGGGCAUUGAUUGUGGUUUACCCAUAGAAAAGUAAGCAUUCUUUCGUGCUAGACUUUUUCUAGUCUCUUUUGUCCUCCCCCUCCACCAAGUUCUAUAGUCCGUUGUCAGAAAGGCUCCUUUCUUGUUU